AUGGAAGCCGAAGACGAACUGAUACAGGAGAUCUAUUCUAAAGGCGAUGAAGAAUCGUCACGUAACAGGCCAAUCAUUAGCGUUGAGCAGCUGGACAUCGAAGCCUACGCCAGCCUUUACCAAGGAAGGACUAAGAUCACGCGCCUUAUGUUUAUUGCCGAACACUGUUGCGACAACGCUUCGAUGCAGCUCGAGGCGCUACGAAUGGCCUACGAUGAGAUUAAGAAAGGCGAGGACACACAGCUCUUCAGAGAGGUUUUGCGGAAAAUUGAUGGAAGACUAGGCCCCAACUAUACCAUGGACGUGGCCUGGUGUGAUUCGGUGGAUCGCAAAGCCGAACGGCGAAAGAAGAAGCUUGAGACCGAACUCAAUGCUUAUAAGACAAAUUUAAUUAAAGAAAGCAUAAGAAUGGGAUACAACGAUUUUGGAGAUUUUUACUAUGCUCAUGGUGCACUUGGGGAUGCUUUUAAAAGUUAUUUUCGUGCUCGUGAUUAUUGCACUACGUCGAAGCAUAUUAUUCAUAUGCAUAUGAGAGCUAUUUUGGUUAGCAUUGAGAUGGGUCAGUUUACUCAUCUGACAAGCUAUGUUAGCAAAGCGGAGCAAAAACCAGAGGCUCUUGAACCAGUUACAGUUGCAAAAGUACGUUGUGCUGCAGGAUUGGCUCACUUAGAGGCUAAAAAGUACGACCUUGCAGCUCGUAAGUUCGUGGAAGUGGGUCCUGAUCUGGGAAGUAGCUACAAGGACGUGAUUGCUUCUCAAGACGUUGCAACGUAUGGGGGACUUUGUGCACUUGCAAGUUUUGAUCGGGCAGAGCUCAAGAGCAAAGUUAUAGACAAUGUGAGCUUCCAGAAUUUCCUGGAGUUGGUUCCUGAAGUUAGGGAGCUUAUCAAUGAUUUCUACUCAUGCCAUUAUGGUUCAUGUCUGGAUUACCUUGGAAAUCUUAAAGCAAACCUGUUACUUGAUAUCCAUUUGCAUGACCAUGUUGAGACGUUAUACGAUCAAAUCCGUAAUAAAGCCCUUAUCAAGUAUACACAUCCAUUUGUGUCUGUUGAUUUGCAAAUGAUGGCAAAUGUUUUCAAAACAAGUUUUGCUGGGCUGGAGAAAGAACUUGAAACCUUGAUUACUGACAACCAGAUACAGGCUCGCAUUGACUCACACAACAAGAUUUUGUAUGCAAGACAUCCAGAUCAAAAAAAUGCAACUUUCCAAAGGGUUUUGCAGACUGGCAAUGAAUUUGAUCAGGAUGUAAGGGCCAUGUUGCUGAGGGCAAAUCUUCUUAGGGCUGAAGGGAAUCUUUGA